CUGUCAGAGCGUGAGGAAAGUACUGCCGAGAACCGGCAGUUGUCAGAGCAGGGAUUGGCACUGAUGAUCAGUGCCCUGAUGAGUGGUGCCCAGCAGUGCCACCCAUGAGUUCUGCCUACCUGUACCCAGCAGUGCACCCACCUGUGCCCAGCAGUGCCACCCAGUAGUGCCACCCACCAGUGCCCAUCAAUGCAGUGCUGCCAGUCAGUGCCACCACAGUGCUGCCAGUCAGUGCUGUCUAUCAGUACCCAUCAUCAGUGCUGCCUAUCAGUGCCGCCUAUCCAUGCCACCUCAGUGCUGCCUAUCAGUGCCGCCUAUCAG